AUUUUUAAUGUGGUAUUUGGUUCCGUCCUGAAUGUUCUAUUAUCCAUAUCUACUUUCAUUUCAACGAUUCCGCUAUGCCAUCGCGUUGUCGCCACUGAAUUCCGAGUGUGCCUCUACAGCAGAGCUCGCCCAGAGAUUGUUAAUGGCUUUCACUUCCACUCUCAUCACCGCCUCUUCUUCUUCACCCUCUCUUCUCUUCCCCUUUACCCUCACACCCUCCAAACCCCUCUUUCCUCCCAACCCAAUCGCCCCUUCCUUGGGUCUCCGAUUGUCCGUGAAAGCCCAGACUCUUGAAUUUUCAGGUUCCUUCUUCGAAGGUGGAUUUGGGGCUGAGGAUGAGCCGCCGGCCCCUCCGGGGACAGGAUUCGCCGAUGCCCUUGAAGAUAAGGAGGAGCCUCAGUGUCCUCCUGGUCUUCGAAAGUACGAGAGCAUGGUGAUUCUGAGGCCUGAUAUGUCUGAAGAUGAAAGACUCGCUCUCACCCAGAAGUACGAAGAGUUGGCUUUAUGGGAAUGCAGUGGCAGAAUUCUAAUGUAGGAGUUUUCCUGUCUG